ACCUUUCAUCUAUUAUUACUUUUUUUUGUAUAUUCUCAUUGCAUCACAUAACUCCAUUCUUGAAGUGUAAAAAAGAUCAAAUCUUGAAUCAAGUAAGCAAAACAACAUGGAAAUCUUGAUCAAGAAAGUUCAUUUUCUAGUCUUUUUCAUCAUUUUUAUGAAUUUUUCCUUUUCACAAUCAACACAAGUGUAUUGUGGAAACAUAAAGAUUGAAGAUCCAUUUGUUACUCAAAACUCAAAAAAUUCAUCUUUCUUGAAGAACCUUGUCCUUUGUAGAUCAAACACUUUAUACUUCAAAACUUCUCUUAAUGGCCUUUUCCAAAUCUCUUCAAUUGAUUACACAAACAAACUUUUAACUAUUUCUCAUCCUUCUUUUUCUUGUUUGAUGAUUAAUGAUGUUCAAGAAAUGAAAUGUUCACAUUAUAGAAGAGUUUAUAAAAAUGUGAAAAUUGAGUUAGGGACAAGGAUAUUUUGGGAUAUUGAUCAUGUACCAAAUCCUUGUGAUGAGUGUAGAAAACCUCAUGGUAAUUGUGGAGUUGGAUUGAGAUGUCUUUGCCAUAUAACAGAAUGUAAGGUGGAGGUUUCUGUUGGUGCAAUUAAGAGAUCUAGUGAAUUAUGCGCCAAAAGUUCAUGAGGGAGGUUUGUUCAAAUACGAUAUAAAGAGAUAACUUUACCUCCCACCCUCUGGUGUGGGACUCAACGGUGGGAUUCAAUACCCUAGGAGGCUAGGACACCAAAACUGGAUAUCCAGAGUGUGGACAAUAUAAGGUGAAACAAGAAUUGGAUGAGCCUGACUCUGAUGCUAUAUUGAGUCUAACUCAAUCUAAAAGCUUGAUCAUGAGACGAAAAUUUAUCCAAAACCAUAUAAGAAGACACUCCGACGAACCAAUAUGGUACUCAACAAUGUACAUGUGGUAGGGACCAAAAUUUGAGGCAAACAAAAUGCAAUUUCAUGUCUUGUGAUCAUAGAAUAAUUGUCUUGUUGAGAGGUUGAAAA